GGCAAGGCAAUAGUAGUUCGUCGAUCGUAGCCGCGUGUCCUCAUCCUCGAGUUCUCCUCGCAUCUCCUUUAAGGACGUUGAUAUAUAUCUCUCCUUCGUCUGCACUCUCACGUGAAAUUGAACGGAAAAAAAGAAAAGGAAACGAGGUCGUUCUCUGAGAAACCGGACGUUUAUCCGUGACAUUCUUUCCGAGGAGGACCUUUCGGGAAUUUUUUUCGGGGGCCAUCGAAGCGUUCGAUAACGCGCUCCAGAACGGUUUGCGGCCCAGAAGAGCAUGCCACGUUGUUUUUCCACAUCGUCUGCCACUGUGUCGGUCAGGUAACAGGGUCAUUUUACCGGACAGAAAGGCUCGGUGAAUAACCAUUCGACCGUAAGAUAAAUCAAUGUCCAGGGUGGACGGGAAGGACGAUGACAGGAUGCCGUGUUUGGGGAACAGUACUGCUUCUCCUUAGUAUUUCAAGUUCAGCGGUGAACGCGGGCACAGCUGGAGAGCGUGUCUCGGUGAACGACGAGAGGAGGAGGUCCUUCGAUACGGAGGAGAUCAUGUACUCUUGGACAGGGCCGAACGCGUUGGCGAGGUCAGCUUUGGUCGAGCGCCAGGAGAGAUUGCAGUAUAAUUGCGAGGAGAUUGUGGGGGACAGAGGGGCUCGGAACGAGGAUCUGAACCCGAAAUCCUUCAGGAAUAUCCUUGUCGACGAGCAACACGAGCUGCUUUAUUGUUACGUUCCCAAGGUCGCCUGUACGAACUGGAAACGUGUUCUGAUGGUAGCCACGGGGAAAUGGCCAGGUAACGAUCCUAUGGAGAUACCUGCCUAUCAAGCACAUUCCCCAGGUACCUUCCUCAGGCUCAGUAACUACACUCUACCUGAAAUAGAACGAAUGCUGGCGACUUACGACAAACUGAUAGUCGUCAGACACCCGUUGGAAAGGCUGUUGUCUGCCUACAGGAACAAACUGGAGGCGAAACACGAGAAGAGCUCGAGAUACUUCCAAACUCGUUUCGGGAAGAAGAUUAUCAGGAGGUACAGGCACAACGCUACCGAGGAAUCCUUAAGAAAAGGUGACGACGUGACGUUUCGAGAAUUCGUCGAGUUCGUCACAGACGAUUCGUCCAACGAGACACGAAACGAGCACUGGAAGCCGAUAUACGAGCUCUGUCAGCCGUGUCUGGUCAAUUAUAAUCUCGUCAGCAAAUACGAGAGCUUAGUAGAAGACGCCACAGAGGUACUGGAACGAAUGGGCGUCGAGUCAGUCAAUUUUCCAGCGAAACCAGCGAACAGCGAGCCAACAGCGAAGAAGCUAGAGAAAUACUACUCCACGUUAACCUAUAAACAGCUGCGAAAAUUGGCGAAUUUGUACAAAUUAGACCUAAGGUUGUUCGAUUACUCACUGGAGGACGUUCUAGGAUUCUCUCUGGCGUGA